AUGAACCUUGCGACGGGAUGGGCCGAGCCAAACACGCGGGAUGAACAUGAGCUCAGACCCUCAGGAUGGGAUCAGGAUGAACAGGGUUCGCGCAUGGACAAAUCAGAAAUCCUCGUCCACAUCUCCGCGCCCAGCGGCGCCGUUGAUGAUGCUCGCUAUCGUGCUCAAGUCGAUGCCAUCCUGAACUUCCAAACUCACUCACAGACUAUUAGUUCACCGCCCCCUUCACACCGAGUCCCGACACAACUUGGCGCUCAGAAGGACUCGCUUGAGACCCCUCUUAGUGUCAUCCCCGACUCCCAGCCUCAACCAGCUGUCGACACAGAAUGCCUAACGCUCUAUCCAGAGCCAGAGCCAGAGCCACCUCAAAGCUCUUCAUAUCUCCCUUCCAAGCAUCUCCCUUUCAAGCGGCGUCGGGUGGAUUCCCAUCCACAGGCCCUCGGGCAUCUCCAACAUGAUGAAAGGCAAGCUGGAAACGUAGGGCAUCGCAACACCAUAACUGCACAUACCAGCCUUAUUGCCUCCCCAAACACGGUCAAUGCGGGAAAACAGCCACAGCCAACAAACACUAUAGCACAGUCAAAGUGCCCCACAAUACUCCUCUCCCUUCCCUUAGAAAUAAAACCACCCCCUCCCCCAAUAUCUGCAUCUCCUUUCACUACUCACAUCACACCAACACUCGAGAUGUUGACCACACGCCUCAAAUCUCCUCGAACAUACAGUCCUGCAGAGCAAACCAGGGACCUCGAUAACCUCGAACGGGGAUACUGGUAUCUCCGCCUGAACCUCAUUCCUUCAGGUCAGGAUAACACCAAAGCUCCAGCAGUAAACACAUCCGCACCCACGCCCUGGGACAUGUUUAUUUUCUCCAGAUUUUGGGCCUUCCUUUCAGAUUUCAUAAAGGAAGGCCGAGCUGGGUGGGGCGUAUGGUGUAUUCUUGAGGCCGAAGAUGAGGAGAACGAUAGUACCUUUCCAUCAAAAGAAGCAGAAGGGCACUCCAAUUCUACAGGCUCCGUCAAAGCCCGGCAAUUAGUGUCCCUAAAGGUCUUCACUUGGGGCGAAAUUGCUCGUCAUAUAUACCUCCUACUCUUCCUCGCCAGUGAACGGCAAGUCCGCAAAUUGGGUGCUCAGUGGUACGAUUCCCGCGGUAAAGUUGUUAUCCAGAUGCCGUAA